CUCAGAAUGAACUCAAGCCAUGCUCAGAUAGUGGAUGUCACUCCUCUUUGCUAUGAGUUUUUAAACGGGUCUUGUCUGAAGUUUGCCUACCCGCUGCUUUUGAGGGUGCCGCUUUACUUGUUCUUCACUUCAGUGGUGAUUUUGACAGUAUUUGGCAACCUUUUCGUCAUCUUGUCCAUCGUUCAUUUCAAACAGCUGCACAUGCCGACUAACUACCUCAUUCUGUCUCUAGCUGUGACUGACCUUCUGCUGGGCAGUUUCGUGAUGCCUCCCAGCAUGAUGCGCUCUGUGGAGACUUGCUGGUAUUUGGGGACUUUAUUCUGCAAAAUACACAGCAGUGUUGACGUCACAUUGUGCACCGCGUCCAUAUUAAAUUUGUGCUUCAUAUCUAUUGACAGAUACUAUGCUGUUUGUCAUCCUCUGCUGUAUCAGAGUAAAAUCACCCCCUUCGCCACCGCGGUCAUGAUUUCCGUCUGCUGGACCGUCUCGGCCGCAGUCGGCUUUGGAAUAAUAUUUCUUGAGCUCAACAUUCUGGGCAUUGAAGACUUUUAUUAUAAAAAUAUUGUCUGUGAAGGAGGUUGUGUGCUGUUCCAAAGCGCAGCCUCGAGCACCGCCUCCUCUUUGCUCUCCUUUUACUUGCCAGGCAUUGUGAUGCUCAGCAUAUACCUGAAAAUAUUCCGUGUUGCACGAAAGCAGGCGAAGUCCAUUCAGGGCACAAAAAGCAAAAGCGAUGCACAAUCCGUGUUGAGCAAAGAGGAGAGGAAGGCCACCAAAACACUGGCCGUGAUUAUGGGGGUCUUCCUGUCUCUCUGGACACCGUUUUUCAUCUGCAACGUCGUCGAUCCUUUCACCACUUACUCGAUUCCUCCGGUGUUGGUUGAUAUGCUCGUUUGGAUCGGAUACCUGAACUCAACCUGUAACCCUAUCGUGUACGCUUUCUUCUACAGGUGGUUCAGGAAGGCUCUCAGGAUGGUUGUGUCUGGUAAAAUAUUUCAGCCAGGUUCUUCAAGAACAAAUCUGUUUUCACACUGA